AUGGCGACAGUCCCCCGGCAGCCCUGUCAGCAGCUGACCAACCGCGCGUACCACCAGCAGCCUCUGCAGUGCAAGAACCUCUGCAAGCCAGUCUUCGUUCCAGGUGCAAUGGCUUCCCCCGCUGCCCUCCGGCUGAUGGCCCUCUCCGCACUGCUCCUGCUGUGCGCUCCUACCACAUUUGCUUCCGUGACGCCCCAACAGCUGGUUGCUAACAUUCAAUCAAUCACCGUCAAGGGCCAAGCUCUACAGAACCCCGCUCAAUCGAUCAGCCUCAUCAACGGCCCGCUGAUCGUCGUUGGCCUGGGCCCGUACCCCAUCAUCAUCAACGGCUUCAACGAUAUUGUUGCAACCUUGACCCAUAUCCUCGCGGGGGCACAAGGAACCAAGUCGUUCUCGGACUCCGACGCAAAGCCCGUCGCGGACGCGUUCCGCGAGCUGGUGCGCAUGCACCAGAUUCUGCUCAACAUCCUGACCGGCAAGGCGGGCCUCUUCUCAACUACCUCCAUCAUCAUUGAGCCCGUCGCCGUCGCGCUCCGCUCGUAUGAGGGGAUCAUUGACUCGCUGGCAUUCACGCUGAUGGACAUCGCCUCCGCUGAGGCCAAGACCAUCGAAGCCAACAAGAAUGGGCUGGACGGCACCAUUGCUGCCGCAAUCAAAGCGCACACGCCCGGUCCGUACGUCCAGUGAACGGCGCUGCGUUUUGUGCGACAAGAGUAUGGAUUGCGGCCAGGGUUCACGGGCUUGGCGUGACGAUUUUUCGAAGGCCAUGCACCAGGACAAAGUGUUAACUUUGGUAGGUGCAUCGAAGUGAAGAGGUAUCGGUGUGGGUUAGACAUGCCAAAUAGUUGACAACCAAUGAAGCUAGCAGCGUCUUCAGUGUGGUGACAAAGAACGGUUUAGUCUUUCGGCCAGUCCGAUCAAAGUCACGUCGGACUUCGUAUUCGAGCAUCG